AUGAAGGACAACGGAUAUGCGAUGCCUCCCUGGGAACUUUUAUCUCCCGCAGCUGCUCCUCCAAUCUUGACUUUUGAUGAGCCCACUCUAGAGAGAAUAUCUCUCGCGUCCGCCAACGAACCUCAAAACGACACAUACCCUUCUCCAGCAAUGGCACAGCCUAUUGGCCAGAUGUGCUCUCCAGAGGGCCAGUGGAACUGCAUGACAACUUCAUUCCAACGGUGCGCCAGCGGUAGUUGGAGUAUUGCUUUUCCGUGUGCGGCGGGGACAAUUUGCCAACCUUUUGGCUUGACGGACUACAUCACAAUCGAGUAUGAGCCGACUGCGAAUAACGGCCAAGCGGAUGAUGGGAGGACUGGGUGUGACCACGAUAGGGGUGGGAGAAGGAGUUUUGGGCUUCGAAAUACGCCUAAUCUGGUCUUGUUGUUUACGGCGUUGGUAGCGGGAGUUUUUUGGGGUAUCCUUGGGUGA